CAGGGACAUGAUCUUGUAAUUGGGAAUGUUGGGGACUCUAGAGCCAUAUUGGGUACAAGAGAUAAAGGAAACUCUAUUAUUGUUAUGCAGUUGAUUGUUGAUCUCAAGCCUAACCUUCCAGCGGAAGCAGAGAGGAUAGAGAAGUGUAAAGGACAUGUAUUUGCUCUUCAUGACGAGCCUGAGGUUGCAAGAGUAUGGCUACCAAAUACAGAUUUUCCAGGCCUUGCCAUGGCACGUGCUUUUGGAUAUUUUUGUCUCAAGGAUUUCGGUCUCAUCUCUGUACCCGAAGUUUCAUACA